AUGACGCUUUUCUCGGGAGGAUCUCGGGGGCACCUCCUUCCCUCGGGGCACGGAAUGCCACAGGGGCACGGACACGCCCACGACCACCCCCCACACCCUCCACAUCCCCCCGGUAGCAGCAGCAGCGCCCACCGGAGUACUGCAGCGCCUCCUUCGGGAUCCGACAGGAGGGCGGAGAGCGGCGUGGGUCCUUCGUCGGGCGUCGGGGGGCAGCGCGGUCGGGCGUCGGGAUCCGGUGUCGCUCCGCAGGGCCCUCGCACGCCCCAAGAAACGUACAUAGUUCCCCAGGAAACGUACAUAGCUCCUCAAGAAACGUACACAGCGCCCCAGGAAACGCACGCAGCGCCUCAAGAAACGUACACAGCGCCCCAGGAAACGUACACAGUGCCUCAAAAAACGCACAUAGUUCCCCAAGAAACGCACACAGCGCCCAAGGAGAUGUACACAGUGCCUCAAGAAACGCACACAGCGCCCCAGGAAACGUACACAGCGCCUCAAGAAACGUACACAGCGCCCCAAGAGACGCACACAGCGCCCCAAGAAACAUACAUAGCGCCCCAGGAAACGUACACAGCGCCCCAAGAGACGCACAUAGCGCCCCAAGAAACAUACACAGCGCCCCAAGAAACAUACACAGCGCCCCAAGAGACGCACAUAGCGCCCCAAAAAACAUACAUAGCGCCCCAGGAAACGUACACAGCGCCCCAAGAAACGUACACAGCACCCCAAGAAACGUACACAGCGCCCCAGGAAACGUAUACAGCGCCCCAAGAAACGUACAUAGCGCCUCAAGAAACGUACACAGCGCCUCAAGAAACGUACACAGCGCCAAAAGAAACCUAUUUUUGGAUCAUUUUAUGUUGUUGA